CUGCAAAACUCAAUGCAACCGACAACGGACAACGUUGCGUUCGGCAUUGCCAUCUACGUCCCGCCGACGGAAUGGCGCUUCACGCUCGACCAUGCUCCAAGUGACGUUCCCUCAUUGCAGAACGCGCAGAUGAUGCAACGCAGGACGAGCGCGCUCAAAAUCCGCCUCGUUGCGAGCUACAAGGGCAGCAUUACCCUGCCAGGCGGGCGCUUUGACGUCCCGCCGGAGCUGCGCGCCCGAGCCGACCGGCCGGAGAGCCUUUUUGCGCCUGCGUUUGUGGCCGCAGCAGCGCAGCAGCUGAACGCCGAGUGGCGCGAGGAGGUCGAUCACCAGAGCCCCGGCCUGUUCGCUGGAGCAGACUGCGCGUGCGGCACGCUCACCGAUCGCCAAGCGUGCCUGUACUUUGUCAAGUUCUUCGAUGAGCGCGAGUACAGUCCGGACGCGUUGACGCGGGGCUCGAACAGCAUCAUUGAGAUUUUGGCCAACGGACUCUUCCCGCUCUACCAGCAGUCUGCCGGCACCAAGUUUACAGACAGCUUUUGCACGAUUGCGGACAAAAUGGUCGAAGCAAGCGUUCAAGGAAUCGGGUCUGCGCUCGGGAGCGUCCUGAUCCCGCGGCUCGCUCAAAAUCCCGUCGACCACAGCUGGGUGACGCACCAUCUGCCGCACUACGUGGAUCCAAGCCUGCCAUAUGUGGCGCCGAGAAAUCCGCGGCAUCGUAUUCCCAAUUGUCUUCGUCGUGGAGAUUUCCAAGUCCCGGCGUUUGUCAUUGAGCGAUAUGCGCCGCGACCAAGCACCCAUUCCGCUGCGUCUCAUCCGCCUCAGCCACAUCCGCCUCAGCAAUAUCAACCACAGCAACAUCCACUGCAGCAUUAUCCCCCACAGCAUCAUCAGCCACAGCAGCAUUCUCAGCCACAACAAUCGCAACAGCAAUCGCAACAGCGCCCGCAGCAGCACCAACCACAACGGUACCCUCCUCAGUCCCAAUGAAUCACAGUUAAAGCGCGCGCUAUUGCAAUAGACGAACUAGUCAACAGCGAACAACACAGCAUUGCGUAUAAACAUGAACGCUGUAGAGAUUCAAUCCUAGAUUUAUUGACAAAGUGAUAAUUAAAAAAAAAAAAAUCCAUCAAUCUAUACAAACCCAAAAUAGUAAAAAAAUAAACAAG